CCGGCGGGCCGCAGGGAGCGCGGCCCACCCGCUUCCGCCGGCGGCGGGGCGGGGGAGGCGGCGGCCGCGGAUGUGCGUGCGCGGAGGGGGCGCGGCCGCGGCGGGAGAGGGCGGUGCUGGGCACCGCGGCCCGCACGGAUGCGCCAGUUUGAGCACUGUGAUCCAGGUGCCUUACAGUAAUCCAGCUUGGAGGACCUGUGAUGAGUUUGAAAUUUGGACCAUCUUGGAUUAUCUGAAGGACUCCUUGUAUGAGAUGUCUGCACCCUCUUGAGCUUCCCUCUCUCCCACCGUGGCACCUUGCACCUCUGGUUAAACCUGUUGUUCAGUUUUGCCUUACAAAGCAAGUUUCUUCAGAAGAGGAAGAAGGGAUUUCAUUUCCAGAGAGCAUAUGUCGAUUCACGUGUCGCGUCGAGAGCUGCUCUGUUAGUUGUCCUCAAGAUCUUUAUCAGAACAUGUCACCACACAGCUGUACGCUCCUUGUGACUGCCACAUACUGCAAAAGGGGAUCUGACUAGUGCCUGCCCUGCUUGGAGAUCUGUCUGUGUGCGCUUCCAUUUGCCUGUUGAAAGUUGUUUCUUUACAAGUGUACUAAGAACCAAAUGCAAUCCUGAGGUGAUUUGCUUUCAGAGAAGCAAAUGAUUUAUGCCAGCCAUGUCUCUAGCUGGAUGGGUUUCACAACCCUCUGACUCUGUGGGCCUUUGUUAGUAGUCACACUGUGAAUUGUUGACCUACGACGUUAAUGUUGAGCGUGUUGUGUUUUAAGGUUUUGAGGAAAAUGCAGAGACGGCAUAGCAGCAACACUGACAACGUUCCUCCUGAAAGAAACCGGAGCCAAACAGUCAGUUCUGAAACCAGCGUGGAUGAAAGUGGAGUUUUUGAAAGUCUGAAGGCUGAAGCUUCCUCACCACAACAGCUGUUCUCAGGCCUGGCAGGUAUCCCGUCAGGCACCAUCACAGCCACGCCGUUCCAGUCAGGUUUGGUUCUGGGCUCUUCAGCAGGAGGUGGGGAAGUAUUCAUUCAGAUGCCAGCCCCGAGGGAGGAAGGGACCAGUCGUACAGAAGGAGCCCCAUUUCACCACCGGCAGUCGUCCCAUCACUUCCACCAUGGCCAUCACCGGGGUUCAUCUCUACUGCACAUGGCAGGAGGGGACCGCCAUGGGCAUGCUGAGGAAGGCAGUGACGAACAAGCUGGAACGCCAGCCCCGGCUCUUUCAGAGUUAAAAGCUGUGAUCGGUUGGCUGCAGAAGGGACUUCCCUUCAUCUUGAUCCUCCUCGCUAAAGUUUGUUUCCAGCAUAAGCUUGGGAUUGCUGUGUGCAUUGGUAUGGCCAGCACAUUCGCAUACGCCAACUCAACGCUCCGAGAACAGGUUGCUCUGAAGGAGAAGAGAUCAGUGUUGGUUGUCUUCUGGGUCCUGGCCUUUCUCACUGGAAACACCUUAUACUUGCUUUACACAUUCAGCUCUCAGCAGCUGUACAACAGCCUCAUAUUUCUCAAACCCAACCUUGAGAGGCUGGACUUCUUUGACCUGAUGUGGAUUGUGGGGAUCGCAGACUUUGUACUGAAGUACCUCACCAUCGCAUUGAAAUGCCUAAUUGUUGCCCUGCCUAAGAUCAUCCUAGCUGUCAAAUCAAAGGGAAAGUUUUAUCUGGUUAUUGAGGAGCUGAGCCAGCUGUUCCGCUCCCUUGUCCCCAUCCAGCUAUGGUAUAAAUACAUCAUGGGAGAUGAUCCAUCCAGCAGCUACUUCCUAGGUGGGAUCCUGAUCAUCCUGUACAGCCUCUGCAAGUCUUUUGACAUCUGUGGUCGCCUGGGAAGUGUCCGGAAGGCACUGAAGGUCCUUUGCACCCCACAGACCUAUGGAGUUCGUGCUACCAGCCAGCAGUGCAGCGAGGCUGGUGACAUCUGUGCCAUUUGCCAAGCAGAAUUCAGGGAACCUUUGAUCCUUAUGUGCCAGAGACACUCCCCAGUCUUCACGGAGGCGCAACUGCGAAGCUAAUCAAAAUCAAUGGCUUCUUGGCUGCUGUAGGAAAAAAAAACCAAACCAAAACACACCAAAAAAAACGAGGAACGCAAGAGGAACUGUGCUGGUUUCCGACCCGGGAGUACAGUGUAGAAACCCCCCACCGUCACCCAGCUGUUGCAAUACAGCACGAACAGCACUAGGGGAGUACACAGCAUGCUUGCUUUUCCAAUACAAACAUCAACCAGGGUUAAAUCAGGUAUUUUAAAAAGGAUAAAAACACCCCUUGUCAAAAAAUGGAGGCAUUCAAGAAUAACAAUUAGACCAGAAAAUGUAAGGCUUUGACAAAUACAUACCCUCUAGUCAGUAAUUCGACUUAUGUACAGUGAAUGCUGGCUAUAAAGUGCUGGUCAGCUGUUUCUCUAGCAAAGCUUGCUUGACCCAGCAACUAAUAGAUGAAAGUCUCCAAAACUUAACCCUUGGUUCACGCUAAACAUCCAAUUUAGAACUACAAAAGUGAAGCAAAUCAGGAUUAACGCAGGAUUUGGGGUACCGGACCUGCUCUUGUUUGCACUUGGGAAGCACCACAGAUUUGGUUGUUGUUUCACGAGAAGAACAACAGGCAGCACGUGUCUCCUAAUGUUUUUUGCUGAACGUUGGGAACCACCAAGGAGGAGAUUGUUCCCCUGGAAGUUCUGGGUUUUUGGUUUUUUUACAGAAAAGCCCGUCCACGGAGGGUGAGGACUGAGGGAGGUGAGCCAAUCGCUUUGCUACUGAGGUUGAUCGCUGAUUUACGGGGCUUUCCCAAAGUGGGGCCUCUCUGGUAAGAACCGCAGAACUUUCCCUUCCCUUUGCUGUAACCUUGCAGGGGAAUUGCCUCUUUGGGAAAAAUGCUACAAGAAGUCUCACGGCUGCAGCCCCAACUGGUCAGCGCGGCAGGAAAACCAACGGCCGCGCGCGCCGGAGGCACAGCAGAUGCAAGGGAAAAUGGAAUAAUGCAUAUUCCGGGUGAGAGGUUUGGUAAACAUUGAGAACUCGGGAGCUGGUAACUGUUAAAGGUGAGGAAUCUGUGGCAGAGCCCUCUCUCUCUUGCACUGAGAAAUAAAUGCAGGGCAGCCCCUGCGGCCGGCGGGCAAUGGCGGGGGGCUGCCUCCGCACGGGGGGUGCACACGCAGGGCCAGGGGGGACCCGCUGCCCGUCCUGUAUAGCACAGAGACGCCUCCCCUCCUCCUCAUCAAUUAUUUUCUGUUCAAAUUGGACGCGUGCGAUACCGCGCACACGAAUUUCACUUCCUCCUUUGAGUGAUUGGCAGAAAGCUGUAUUUUUAAGGCUCUGCCCGGAUCCGGCAGUCACUAAUCCAGCCCUUGCAACGCUGCUGACAUCGGCUGAGGCUCCUCCGUUUGCUAGAAGAAUUCUUACUUAUCUCAGUAGGAGACCGAGCCGGGAAGGAGUACAGGAUGCAUUACCGAGGAUGACUAGGAAAAUGUUUUAUCGGUCUCUGUGGUUCUCAGACCAUCCAAUCUCUAUCAACAGACAAACUAGAGUUAGCUACACGGUGCCCCCCAACGCUGCACGCAGUACAACGCAGGGCAAGGUGAUUCGUUAGGAACAAUCCGCUCUCUCAGCGCAGCCCCUUCUGCUCUGUGUGAACUGACUCGGAUCAAUAACACCCGUGAACGCGUGCGCAGGGGCCCAAAACACACCGGUGAAUAUUUGAUAAAGGGGGAAUUUAGCUUUUAGAUUGCUUAGAAACAUUUCUCCUGCAGUAGUGGAAAAUGCAAGGUUUGACUGGGCUUGUUCCUCGACUGGGCGAGGGUCGGGAAGCAUUUUUAAAAGCCAAGGAGCCAAACGUCCUUUGCAAAUUGGGUUCUUAACGUUCCUUUUUGCCUUUGAAAAGUCCCCCCCCGCCAGGAGAGGGACAACUUUCUGGUGCAAAUACCUGAAGCUGGGAAAAAUGUUUCUAAAAAACUGCGCAUAAUAAUUGCUAUAAAUAGCAUCUGGAAGGUAUCCUGAAUCUGACAGGUAGUUUUGGCAGCAAGAAAAAAAAAGCGCUCAGUACUAGACUGAAAAAAGCCCUUUGACUACUAAAGACAAGCUCUCCUGUUAACCCCUAGUCUAUUGAUUAGUCUAGAUAUAACUCUCUGCCCUGGUUCAGAGGAUUUGAGACUGCUGCAGUCACCAGCCAGGAGAAUUAGCAGCUCCGGAGCCGCGGGAGAUGCUGCACUCGGAGGCUUUGAGGCAUACGCUGCAGGGAAAAAGAGCUGGGCUGGCUUUGCCACCUCGGCGAAUGCUGCUUCCCAAGCUCCGAACCGUCAAAAGAAAAAGAACUGCCCCAAAGAAAAUCAAGGUUUAUAAAGUUCUGGGCUAGAUUAUUUGUUUUGUCUUCAUUUAUGCAGAGAUUGAAAGAAAGAAAGAAAGAGAGAAAGAAAGAAAGAGAGAAAGAAAGAAAGAGAGAAAGAAAGAAAGAAAGAAAGAAAGAAAGAAAGAAAGAAAGAAAGAAAGAAAGAAAGAAAGAAAGAAAGAAAGAAAGAAAGAAAGAAAGAAAGAAAGAAAGAAAGAAAGAAAGAAAGAAAAAAAAUA